GAGCAACGCUGAAAAAGGCGCCAUGUUGGCUCUUUAGACUAGUAUCGAUCUCUACCUGCUGCUUUGUUUGUAGACUCCAGAAUGGAGGGCGCAGGGUUGCAGUUGCGUGCCACUCCCACGAGGCGUGGUCGAGGUGGGCGAGAGGAGGUUGUGUGUUAGUGUUUGGUUUGGUUUGGUUCAGGAGGAUUUUUUUUCGCAGGGCGUUAUGGCGAGUUGGGGUCACUCUGCGACAGGAGCGGAAGGUGGUUCCGAUGACGAGCAGUCGAGUUCCGAGGAAGGAGAAUAUCUAGUGCAGACGGCACAGUCGGCUCCGACAUUCCAGCUUUCAGGACUCGGAGAGGACGUGAGACUGAGUUGCGGACGGUCGGAUGCCGCUGUAAGUUACCUGCAUCUGCUUUGGGAUCCAAAUCGAUCAGGAGCGGACUCGGCACCCGCGUCCUCUGCACGGGGAGAGCAAAAACGCCUGGGCAAGAUCAGUGUGACACGGGUCAAGAGGCACGUUAAAGCGCAUCGGACAUGGGGACCCAUAGGGAAAGACGUACACGCUGGGAAAAGGCUACGUGAAGCUGCUAAUUCAAAUGAUAUUGAUACUGUUCAGAAGCUUUUAGAUGAGGAGACUGAUCCCUGUGCUGCCGAUGACAAAGGACGGACAGCAUUACAUUUUGCUUCCUGUAAUGGUAAUGAUCAAAUAGUCCAACUCCUGUUGGCUCAUGGUGCAGACCCCAACCAAAGGGAUGGACUUGGAAACACUCCACUACACUUAGCUGCCUGCACUAAUCACAUUCUUGUCAUCACAACUCUGCUCAGAGGAGGCGCUCGUGUGGAUGCUUUGGACCGUGCAGGAAGAACACCACUUCAUUUGGCCAAGUCCAAACUAAACAUACUGCAAGAAGGCCACUCUAGAAGCUUAGAAGCACUACGAAAAGAAGUCAAACAAAUAAUACAAAUGUUGCGUGAGUAUCUAAACAAGCUAGGCCACCAUGAAGGCAAGGAACGACUUGAUCAUCUCUGCACACAGCUUCAGAUGACCAGCACUAAAGAGCAGGUAGAUGAGGUGACUGAUCUUCUUGCCAGUUUCACAUCACUCAGUCUACAAAUGCACAGUUUUGGGGAGAGGUAAAAAA